GUUAAUAAGUUUUGAUUGAUUUCGGCCAGCUAAAGCAUUGAUUACUUCGAAUUCACGAGGAUUAUAGCGGAACGAAAACCAUUAGUUUCAAAAUAUACAAAUCAAUGGCUGGAAAUAUCGGUGGAGGUGAAGAGCAAUUGAAGAAGACGACGGAAUUGGGCACCACCCUAAAAGGAGAAAGAAUUCUAGCGCCCACUCGAAGACCCGAUGGUACCUUUCGAAAACCCGUUCGAAUUCGGGCCGGGUAUGUUCCCCAAGAGGAAGUAGCCAUUUACCAGUCCAAAGGUGCCCUGUGGAAAAAGGAGAUGGCUUCCCAAUUAGGGCCUCCUGGUUAUGAUCCACCUAUGGAUGCGAAACUGAAGAGUAAGUCGGCAAAGAGAAAUGAAAGAAAGAAAGAGAAACGUCUACAGGCUGCUCUUGAAAAGGAGCAGAACUCAGACGCAGCGGGUGAUGAUGAGACCAAAGAAGAUGAUUUAACCGAUGGGAAUUUGGAUCGCGGAUCAAAAUCAGUUGAAUCAUUGGCUUCUCAGAUGACAGAUCUCGCUGUUUCGCAAAAUUCUAUUCUGGCCUCUCCUUCCUCAAACUCAGUGGAGGCCUCAGAUGCUGGAACAGCAGCUCAAGAUCUCGAUAAAAAAAUUCGGGCGCUUAAAAAGAAGAUCCGGCUAGCAGAAGCUCAACAGCAGAAAACUCCGCAGCAAGAUAUGAAGCCAGAACAAUCGGAAAAAUUCGCAAAACUAGACAGUUGGCAUGAGGAGCUAAAGCUUUUGGAGGACAAAAAGGCCGAACUGGCAGCAUUGUAAGUUCCGUCUUCGUCUCCGUGAAGAAACUGUUUGGCUGAUUUAGAAUCGGAGAAUUUGUUGUAAAAGUGGCACGUUGGUUCCGAUCCGGAUUCUUGCAUAUCGCCAUGUUUAAGUACUACCUUUGUAGUUUUAAAACCUGUACGUUUGCCAACUUAGAUUAGUAGUUUUAUCAGCAUAAUUUGCCUAUCAUUCCAUUAUACC